AGAGCGUUGAGCCGCGCACAAUUCGAUUCCUUUAGUUAUCUGAAAGCAGUCUGAGGAAACGGUUGCGGGCUCGUCGCCACCGGAUGAUAAGCAAUCGUCUAUUUAAAAUUGAUCGGCACCAUUGGUGAUAAUUAGUUAAUGUUUAGUUUUCGCUUUCAUGCCGCCACGGCUUAACAUACACGUCUACAGUUUCUAGCGCUAAGUACGGAAGAGGUGUGCACAUGCAAUCAAACAUACACACAUAGUUAGUGCACCAACAACGAGCAAGAGUAAACCACGCAUUGCUCAACAUUCGCUUCUUACUUUUAAAAAGUCUCAAUGAAGACGAAAACGAAUCAAUAAUAACAACAUCAUUUGUGUGGAAAGUAAAAAGUGCAACAAAGAAAUUCCUUAAUUUUGUGCAAAAUACAGAAAUUACAUAUGGACAUACAUAUGUAUGUGUAACCAGUAAAAAUUAGAAGCAGCAUUUGCGACGAGUGUUUGAUCACAUAUCCCAACUAAAUACACGGAACAUACAUACAUUCAUAUACUUGCGCAUACGAUUUACCCCACACAUUCAAGUCGGAGUGUGUGUGCAACUUUUACUUGCAUACCUACAUAUGUAUGUACAAGUACACACUUAAACCUACGGAAGGAAAGGCAAACUGGCUUAGAAAGUAUCGCCCACUGUUUGAGCAGUACUUUCCCAGUUGCAGAAAGCUAAGAUCUCCACUGCGCCCUUGAUUAAUCAGCCACCAUCCCAACCAAAUUGAAAGCAACCGAACUUGCUUCCGCGCAUGCAAACAGCUGAAUCUGCGUCGACAGACAUCUGGAACUACAGAGAAGCAAUUCAACGACAAAACCAACAAAGAUAACAACUAUCGCCUAAAACAACAGCAAUAACAGCAAUAACAACAAAAACAACAGCUAAUAACAACGAUAAGAGCAAAAAUACCAACUGGCAUAAUACAAUAAUAACAAAGACGACAACAACGCCACCAACGACAACUAAAGCAAGUGUGCAUCGACUGCAACGAUUAAUAUUGCCGUGUUCAUUUAGUAUUUAUUUAUUCAAUACACUGCAGAAUAAAUGGCAACGCAAAGUUCCAGAGCACGUGAAGAGGCCAAAGCUGUUGCCGAGCCAUUAAAUGAGGAGAAUGAAGAAUACGAAAUUGACGAAUCAACCGCGGCUGUGGUGGUUCCACCCGAUAGCGGCUGGGCAUGGGUCGUGAUGGUGGCGUCAUUUUUAUGCUGCACGGUUCUUGAUGGUAUCGUCUUUUGUUCCGGCUUGAUUUUAGAUCAUUUAAUUGAAGAAUUUAAAGUGAAAAAAGGAUAUGCGGCACUGGUAUCAUCACUACUGAGUGGGUGGUAUUUGAUGGCUGGACCAUUUGUUAGUGCCUUAGCAAAUCGUUUUGGUUUUCGCCCGGUAGCAAUAGCUGGAGGACUGUUUGCCGCAUUCUGUUUUUGCAUAUCAUAUUUUGCUCCAUCCAUUGAAGUUUUAUUUAUCACAUAUGGUGUUCUCGCUGGCAUCGGAUUUUCCAUGGUCUAUAUACCGGCAGUUGUCAUUAUUGGUUUUUACUUUGAAAAGUGGCGUGCAUUAGCAACCGGUAUUGCUAUGUGUGGAUCCGGUGUGGGCACUAUUGUAUUUACACCGUUGACUGAAUCACUGCUUAAGUAUGGUUGGAGAAUUACACUGGUAGUGCAAGGAUGUAUAAUCGCCUUUUGUGCCAUAUUCGCAUGCGCAUUUAGACCAAUUCAGCCAAUUACGUUGACAGUGGAUGAAGAAUCGAAUGAAGUGAAGAAAGAAAACGAGAAGCUUAAUGGACAUGGAAACAUUGUUGCACCGAAACCGCAACUUCACCAAGCAGCUUUCACGAAGCCACUUCCAGAAGGUCGUUUCGCUUACUCAAUGCCAAACUCGGCUCAUAACACCUAUAUGGGUGCGUCACCAAAACAUCAUUAUCCGACAGCGGCCGAAGUCUUCAGAGGUGCUAAUAUUGAGCGACGUCUUUCAAACUCUUCCGGUAAAGGUACUGAACUGAAGGCUUUACGAAAGUCGCAACCAACCACUCCGAAUGGCGAACCGCAUCCGUCUCAAUUGCAUUUCAAUAUUAAUAAAGAGUUAACAACUGUUGGAGAAAAUGAAGAAGAAACCGAAAACGAGAAUUUGAUUGAAACUGAGGUAAAGCCUGUUGUAAUACAAGCACGUCGCCACACAGUGUCGGGCAGAAGGCCAAAUGAUAUUACUGGCAAAAAGAGUGCAGUUGGAUCUCAAGAUACCGUUCAUAAUAUUCAUACCAGACCAAUGUAUCGUGAUGAUAUUUUCUUUACUGGUUCUCUAGCGCGCAUACCACAGUAUCAAUCACAAACGUCACUUGCCUAUCAUAUGUCGGUAACACGUCUUCCAACAAAACAAGAUAUGCUGGAAGAUCGCCAAAAAGGAUGUCGUCUUUGCCCUGAAGCUGUACGACGUACUCUAUCGACUAUGUUAGACACAUCACUGCUCAAGUCACCAUCCUUCAUGUGCCUGUCAUUCAGCGGUUUUCUUACAAUGAUGGGUUUCUUCGUGCCGUUUAUGUUUCUGACUCCACGUGCAAUAGCCGCAGGAAUGGAUAAAAAUAGUGCGCUCAGUGUAGUUUCUGGGAUAGGCUUGGUCAAUACAAUUUCUAGGUUAGUUUGCGGUACAAUCAGCUCAAUUCCUAGCGUCAAACCUCUUUGGUUGAACAACAUAGCAAUCACGGCAGGUGGCCUAGCCACGAUAUUCAGUGGAGUGAAGGUGACCGUUGUAACUCAAUGGGCAUUUGCAAUAUUCUUUGGCAUUUGUAUUGCUUGCUUUUCGGCGUUGCGAUCCCUCAUUGCUGUCGAAAUGAUUGGAUUAGAAAAAUUAACGAAUGCAUUCGGGUUCCUCAUGUUGUUCCAAGGUCUAGCAGCGACGGUUGGAGCUCCCAUUGCAGGUUUUCUAUAUGAUCUGACCCAAGACUACAAUGCUUCAUUCUAUUUUGCUGGCGGCUUGAUACUCGUGUCAGCGUUUCUCUGCUACCCGUUGACAUACAUUGCGAACUGGGAAAAGGCGCGCAAUGAGAGAAAAGCGGCGCAAGCUCCCCCGAGAGCCUAAUUACAAAAAUAUGUACAUAUGUAUAUGUAGUUAUUCAUGAAUUAGGUAUAAAAAAUUUAAAUUUCAAAUAACUGAGCCAACAAGAAAUAAUAAAAAUUUAAGACUUGAACUUUAAAAGUUUUGUAUGUACGUGUAUGUACAUACAUAUUUACUUACAAAAAUAUAUGUAUGUGUAAAUGACGUUUACCAAGACAAAA